GUCACCUGCUGAGAGCUGAGAGGAAACCACAGUGAGACAGAAGAGGAUCACUUCCCUUCACCGUCCAACUGACAAACACCCAAACAUGAGCUUCCAGAUUCUCCUGCUGCUUCUGGCUGUGAGCUGGAAACGCUGCGCUGCACAGGUGAACAGAGAAGAAGAAAACAAACCUCCAGAUGGUCACCGAGGUCAUGAAGACGCCUUCUUCGCCCUGCAGAGCUGCCACCAGCUGCUGCACAGCGACACCGGGGAGUUCUUCUCACCGGACUACCUGUGCUCCAACCCGUCUCUGUGGUGCAACUGGACCAUCCAGGUGGAUCCUGGGAAGAGGAUUCAUCUCCACUUGGAGGACUUGACCCCCGACGACGUCUGCCACCUCAAACAGGACCAGGUCCACGUGGACGAGCCCCUCGGCCGUUUUGGGGUCCACAAGAUCCUGCAGAAGUGCUGGCGUGAGGCCAAGUACACCACGACCUCCAACACCCUGAACGUGGUGCUGCUGAUCGGCGCCUGGCCCGACUCGCCCUACCGGGGCUUCUACGGCCGCUUCCAGGCCUUUGGACCGCCAGUGGUUUACAACCCACAGGACGGGUUCACAUUGGGAGACCAGACCUCAGGACCAGUGGACCUCACUGACUCCGGACUGGAUGGUGAGCAGCCGGAGCCCAGACUUCAUCCAUCACCAGUGAACAUUGAUCCGUUGAAUGAUUAUUAUGAUCAACACUCAGCCAUGAUGGCUGAGCAGCUGUGGCAGCCCGAGGAGGAGGAGGCGGACGCUGAGGUGAGUGAAAACCUCCAUCCAUCUUCGGCAAACUACAGUCACAUGUUCCCGUUAACAGCUGUCCCCACAGCGCCAGCAUCCACUCAGGGGACCUCCCCAUCAGAAAGAGACGCUGCGACCACCGCUUCCAGUCAACCCGACCCAGUCAACCCAGUGACUCCUCAGCAGCAUCACGAUCACCAGCUGAAACCCAACGAUCGCAUCCCAGCAGCAGUACGAAGGAACGCGGAGGAAGCUUCAACCUUUCCUUCCACCGGUCCAGAAGAAGCUUCCACCCUUCAGGAGGAAGCUUCAACCUUUCCUUCCACCGGUCCAGAAGAAGCUUCCACCCUUCAGGAGGAAGCUUCCACCUUUCCUUCCACCGGUCCAGAAGAAGCUUCGACCCUUCAGGAGGAAGCUUCCACUGGUCCAGAAGAAGCUUCCACCCUUCAGGAGGAAGCUUCAACCUUUCCUUCCACCGGUCCAGAAGAAGCUUCCACCCUUCAGGAGGAAGCUUCCAUCGGUCCAGAAGAAGCUUCGACCCUUCAGGAGGAAGCUUCCACCCUUCAGGAGGAAGCUGCUGGUCCAGAGGAUGAGAGUGGUUCCCACAGCCGGUCAGAGGAGGAGGAAUCUGCUGCUGGUUCAGAACAAGCUGCAGACAGUGAAAACAGACCUGAGGUCAGCGAGGCCUCAGACCAGCAUCCCUCCGCCGCUGAGGCCGAACAGACUCAUCCUCACCCCAACGUGGUGGAGCCGCUGUCGGACCACAGGGGGAACAUGAAAGUGAGAAAUCACUCGGCCCUUCCUCACCUUCCUGGUGAUCUCCUGCUGGAAGUGGCUGUUGAGGUGAACUUCAGGCAGGAAGUGGACGAGUCCUGGGACGACGCGGCCGCGGCGCUGCUGCUGUCGGUGAAGACUCUGAUCAGUGAGCGGCUGGAAACUCUGCACACGUCCCUGUUGCCUAAAAGAGUCAAGAGGUUGAGUUCAGGUGUGUUGUUUAUCCUGUGGCUGCAGACGCGACCGGGCCCGGGGAGUGAGCACGUUCACAGGGUCGUGGACGCCUCCAUCCAGAACCUCAUCAACGCCAGCGUGGGCCGGAGAGGAAACCACAGAGAGGCCGCCAUCAUGUCUGUGUCCACCGCAGACGUGAACGAGUGUGGCACCCAGCUGAUGCUGUGCGAUGCUAACGCAGAAUGUGAGAACCGGUUCGGCUCGUACUCGUGCAGCUGCCGGCCGGGUUUCGUGGACACGUCCCGGGGGGGCCCUGGAGGAACCGCCUGUGUGGACGUGGCGGCUGCAGGUUGCAGCCCGGGCCUGUCGGCGGAGACCCAAGGCGUGUACGUGCUCUUCUUCCUGCUCAGCGGCCUCGUCCUGAUGCUGCUGGCGGCCGCCGGCAUGCUGUACCGCCGCCACCGCCGGGGAACCUUCCUGGUUCACUGCCACAGCAGCAGCCUCUCUCCCCCCGACCCCAACAACAACCAUCACCAUCACGACGGCUACUCCAGCCCCAGCGACUCCGACCUGCCCCCGCCCCCCCCGCCCCCCCGCGCUGCCCCCAGAGAGGGCUGGCCCCAGGUGAAGGAGCUCUGUCCAGCCGUGGACCUGCCGCUGCUUCGCUUCAGCCCUCUGCUGCCGCCGGACGUCUACCUGCAGCCGCGGCACGGAGCGAAGAUGUGAUCGCUCCUUAAACCUCUUUAUUUAGUUUUCUUUCACUUGGAGUCUGAUCGUCUGUAUCUGAUGAAUUAAAGUCACAAUAAAACUGCAUGUUCUUCUCGUCU